AUGGAUUUCGAAACUAAUGAAGAUAUUAACGGGAUUCGUUUUUCUUGGAACGUUUUCCCAUCCACCAGAACCGACGCUAAUAAAAAUGUCGUUCCUAUUGGUUGUUUAUACACUCCAUUGAAGGAAAUGGAUGAAGAUAACGUCAAUGUUGCGCAGUAUAAUCCUGUUAUUUGUGCAGGACCACAAUGUAAAUCGAUUUUGAAUCCAUACUGUGCGAUCGAUCCAAGAUCAAACUCUUGGACAUGUCCAGUUUGUAACUCCAGAAAUCAUUUACCAACGCAAUAUGCAAACAUGACUCAGGAAAACAUGCCUUUGGAAUUACAACAUACUACCAUCGAAUAUAUCACAAACAAGCCAGUUCAGAUCCCACCUAUUUUCUUCUUCGUUAUUGAUAUCACUGCUGAACAAGAAAAUUUGGAUUCAUUAAAGGAAUCAAUUAUCACCUCUUUAUCUCUCUUACCACCAAACGCCCUAAUUGGUUUGAUUACUUAUGGUAACGUCGUUCAAUUGCAUGACUUAUCUAGUGAAACUAUUGACAGAUGUAACGUCUUCAGGGGUGACAGAGACUAUCAACUGGAUCAAUUGAUUGAAAUGUUGACUGGUCAAAAAUCGAAUACUAUGACAAACCAAAUGCCAAAUAUGAAGAUUUCACCAAUGUCAUUAAACAGAUUUUUCUUGCCUUUAGAGACUAUCGAAUUUAAAUUGACCCAAAUUCUUGAAAAUUUAACUCCAGAUCAAUGGUCAAUUCCAGCUGGUCAUAGACCAAUUAGAGCCACUGGUUCCGCCGUCAACAUUGCUUCCCUCAUCUUACAAGGUUGUUAUAAGAAUGUUGCUACUAGAAUCAUUUUGUUUGCCAGUGGUCCAGGUACAAUUGCACCUGGUUUAAUUGUGAACUCUGAAUUGAAAGAUCCAUUGAGAUCACAUCACGAUAUUGAUUCAGAUCGUGCUGUUCAUUACAAGAAAGCCAAAAAAUACUAUAGCCAAAUUGCUCAAAGGAUAGCUGAUAAUGGCCAUACUAUGGAUAUCUUUGCCGGUUGUUACGAUCAAAUCGGUAUGUCAGAAAUGAAAAAUUUGACCGAUCUAACUGGUGGUGUUAUGCUUUUAACUGAUGCAUUCUCCACCGCUAUUUUCAAGCAAUCCUACUUGAGACUUUUCGCAAAGGAUGAAGAAGGUUACUUAAAGAUGGCUUUCAACGGUAUCAUGACCGUCAAGACAAGUAAAGACUUAAAAGUCCAAGGUUUAAUUGGGCACGCGUCCCCACUAAAGAAAACUGAUGCAAACAAUAUAAGUGAUUCUGAAAUCGGUGUAGGUGGUACUUCCACUUGGAAAAUGUCCUCCAUUUCUCCAUCUCAUAGUUAUGCAGUAUUCUUUGAAAUUUCGAAUACAGUUGCUGGUAAUUCUGCUGCACAAUCAAUGAUGAUGAACGAUAAACCAAGGCUUGCUUACACGCAAUUUAUCACAAACUAUCAACAUUCUUCCGGUACAAAUCGUGUAAGAGUCACUACAGUGGCCAACCAAUUGAUGCCAUUUGGUAAUCCAGCAAUUGCAGCAUCCUUCGAUCAAGAAGCCGCUGCCGUUUUAAUGGCUAGAAUUGCCGUUUUCAAAGCAGAAGCCGAUGAUGGCGCAGAUGUUAUCAGAUGGAUCGAUAGAACUUUAAUCAAACUAUGCCAGAAAUAUGCCGAUUACAAUAAAGAUGAUCCAUCAUCAUUUAGAUUGGCACCAAAUUUCUCCUUAUAUCCACAAUUCACAUAUUAUUUGAGAAGAUCUCAAUUUUUAAGUGUUUUCAACAACUCACCAGAUGAAACAGCAUUUUACAGGCAUAUUUUUACCAGAGAAGAUACCACAAAUUCAUUGAUUAUGAUUCAACCAACCUUGACUUCUUUCUCAAUGGAAGAUGAACCACAACCUGUUCUAUUAGAUUCGAUCUCUGUUAAACCAAAUACGAUAUUAUUAUUAGAUACUUUCUUCUAUAUUUUGAUUUAUCACGGUGAACAAAUUGCUCAAUGGAGAAAAGCGGGUUACCAAGAUGAUCUAAACUAUGUUGACUUCAGGAAUUUAUUGGAAGAACCAAAACUAGAAGCUGCAGAAUUAUUAGUUGAUAGAUUCCCAUUGCCAAGAUUCAUUGACACAGAAGCUGGUGGAUCUCAAGCGAGAUUCUUAUUAUCUAAAUUAAACCCAUCUGAUAAUUACCAAGAUAUGACACGCGGCGGCUCCACCAUUGUGUUAACUGAUGAUGUUUCUUUGCAAAACUUCAUGGCCCAUUUGCAACAGGUUGCUGUAAGUGGACAAACGUAA